AUGCAACUGUCGGUGCCGACAGACAAACGUCACCAGAUAAAACAAGACAUCAUCACUUUGUUGGCAACUCAAAGGAUCACACUUCGAAUGCUGUACCGCAUACUGGGCAAGCUGAACGCACUAACCACGAUCGUUCGAUCUCUGCGAUAUCAUUGUUCGUCGUUGGCCUCACUUGUUUCCAAGAGCACCCGACAGAACUGUGCGUUCGACUCGGAAGUGCCUUUACCCCUCACUGGUCGGGAAGACCUCAUAUGGUGGUCCGAAAACCUAGACAUGAUAGCGGUCGGACCUAUAAAAUUACCACUUGUCUCACUGGAAAUAACGACAGACAGCUCUCUCAAAGGGUGGGGCGCUUGGUGUGGACAACGAGCGUCCGGGGGAACGUGGAACAUACACGAUCAAAAUCUCCACAUCAACGCGCUAGAACUUAAAGCCAUUUUCCUGGCGGUACAAAAACUAGCCGAUGACCAAAAAGACACAACGAUCGCUAUUCGGACCGACAAUACAACUGCAAUGCAUUGCGUUAAUAACUUCGGCUCGCUACACUCCUCAACCUUAAAUUCGCUAACAAGGUCACUCUGGGCCUGGGCCUUCGAAAGAAACAUAUUUCUGAAAGCUACACAUAUCCCAGGAACAUGCAACGACAGGGCUGACUUAUUGUCAAGAACAACAUGCGACAACCAUAGCUUCUCACUGCACGACGCUAUAUUCAAACGCUUAGACGCAGCUCAGGGCCCCUUCGACAUCGAUCUGUUCGCGGAUUUCACGAACUACAAAAUCAUUCCUUACAUCAGUUGGAUCAGAGAUCCUUUCGCACUCAGCAUGGAUGCUUUCUUAUCGAAAUGGGACAUGUGGAACAACCUAUACGCGUUUCCCCCGUUCAAAUUG